UGUUUCAGUGCAGGUUCCCCGCUGCAUGUGCUGACACCAAGGUGCUUCGAGACUCGUGUUACACUGAACUCUUUAGUUUCUAUACUUUUUUUUAUAAUUGAAUACACAUACAUUAUCGUGAACAUAAGCAAAAAAAUCAACUGUCGAUUGCUCGUGUGAUAUAUCAAGAUAUAUAUAUAUAUAUACACAAAAAAACUCGACAAAACGUCAAACUUGCAAUCGUAAAUAUUUAUAAUACGUGUUAUAAUAAUCCGCGAACAAGGCCACGCGAAAGAAACAAUCUCAAAAAAACGAAUACCAACACAUACGUACGUCGAACAACGGAAACCUGCCUUAGGAAUUCAAAAAUUUUCAUAUUCGGAGAACAGUCGCUGUCAAAGCUGCACAACAAGAAAGAAAAGUAAGUUACUGUUCGACAAUUCGGAAAGCACGGAGAGGCCCAAAAGCUACAAAGGGAAAUGGUCAUGGAGGCAACCCCCUCACCUCAGUGCGUCGGUCGUGAGUUCGUCCGACAGUACUAUACACUGCUCAAUCAGGCACCAGCACAUCUUCACAGGUUUUACAACAACCAAUCAUCUUUUGUUCACGGUGGCUUGGGCACCCCAGAUCGUGAGAUAGUUCCAGCAGUUGGUCAGAAACAGAUCCAUCAAAAAAUUCAGCAACUGAACUUUCGGGAUUGCCAUGCCAAAAUCAGUCAGGUGGAUUCCCAAGCGACUCUUGGUGAUGGUGUUGUUGUUCAGGUGACCGGAGAACUUUCCAAUGCUGGACAGCCGAUGCGUCGUUUUACUCAGACAUUCGUACUGGCUGCUCAAGCACCAAAAACAUACUACGUUCACAAUGACAUCUUUCGCUACCAAGAUCUUGGCUUUCCGGAUGAGGAAGAGAACGAACUCGAGGGUGUUGAGAGCGGUUUAGGUGAUGCCACCGAGCAACGGGACGAGGAGAGAAGCUCUGAGCCCGAAGAGGACGAACAGCAGCCUCAAACUCAGCAACACUCAUCUACGACCUCCGUCGCCGAUCAACAAUCUCACGCACCUCUGAUACCGAAUCAACAACAACCAUUGCAACAACAACAACCACUCUACUAUGCGCCAGCUCCUCAACAACCGGUACACGCUAUGAUGCAGCCAGUUAUCAACGGCUCGGUGCACGAAGAAACACCAUUAAUAAACCAGCAACAAGCUUCACAGGGUCAACCACAAACACACCAAUACAUAAAUGAACAGACUGGUCAAGAUCAGUUCGGUGCCGAACAAGAACUCGAUGCAGCGUCCGACCAGCCACAACAACAAACUGACGAAGAGUCGCAAAAUCAGACCGACGAGUCUCAGGACCAGACAGAAAAUGAGAACUUUACUGGAACGGGACGGGAAACCGAAUCAGAACAAACGUCAGCCGCGAACGCAAACAGCAACAAGCCAAAGACAUUUGCCAAUCUAUUCAGUUCGUCCUUCUCCAGUUCUAUGCCACCGACGAAUACACAACCACCAAAAAUGUCCGCUUCUCCGCCACCGAUGACAAAUCUUCGUGUAUCUGACGACCGAUCGGUAGUUCAUCCGGCAAAUAGUGGUCCAGCGCUCUCGACGUCAAACAAUAUAACACCGGGUCAACAACAAAUGCACAGGGUCAGGAGCAACCAGGCACCUCAGCAACAACAACGACCAUCACGAGGAGGUCCUGCACCGCGGGAUGGUGACAGGCGAAACAGCCGAUCGAUGAAUUAUACCGAUGACCACCAGCUGUUCCUCGGCAAUCUACCGCAUCAAGCAACGAGCGACGAGCUCCGGGGAAUUUUCAGUAGAUACGGCAAAGUCAUUGACUUACGUAUUUUCAGUAAACCUUUAGGCACUAACAAAGGUCCACAAGGUCAAAACAUGAGAGUCCCAAAUUACGGUUUCAUAACUUUCGAGGAUACGCAAAUUGUUCAGAAGGUAUUGCUAGCCGGUCCGAUAUAUUUUCCUGAUGAGAAUGGCCAAAAGUUGAACAUAGAGGAAAAAAAGUUUAAGCUGCCACGUCCUCCCAUGGAAGGAGGUGGUAGCAGACCAAAUCUCAAUGAUAGUAACAUGCGACCGGUUGGAGGACAGCAACAACAGCAGCAACAACAACAGCGUGGUCCUGCCUAUUCGGGUUAUUCGAGCGGUCCUGGCGGCGCAAUGAGAGGCGGUCAACACGGUACAAGAGGAGGUGGACGCGGUGGUUUUUCGCGCGGUGGCGAAGGUGGUCGAGGCGGUGGAGGUAUGCGACAAGCAGGCAAUCCAAAUUAUCAAAACCGCAGUCGUUAAACUGCUCCGGCGGCUCGAUCCUGUGCCGCGUUGUCCGAACCAUUAGAACACCACCACCAACACUAUUUACAUCAACAAUCAUCAUUCAUACCGAAAAACGAAGGAUACAAGCGAGAGGCAAAGAGAAGAAAAAUAAGAGCCAAUGGAGAACUAACAAUAUCCAACUCUCAAGAAAAAUAAAAAUCAACGGUGUCUCGCUAUUUCAGUACAGGCAUCGAUCUCCACGUUAUCGUUGACGUAAUAUCGUUAAGGGCGUUUUAUGCUACGACUUUCGAACCCCAUGUUCUGCUCGUAGGUCUACUGAGAUGAGCCAAUCGAACUCGACUAUACUUUACUUUCCAUAUCUAAUCAUUUGAAGAUAAUGCGAAGAUUGAAAAAACAAAAAAAAAUGAUGAUAUUAAAACGUGAUAAUCGAGACUACGGAAUAAUCGUUGCUGCCAUUCAUCAAUUUUCUAUUUUACACGAUUCAUAGAGCUUACCAGGGAGCAUUAUAUAAAAUAAUAAAACAAAAGGUUCUUUACCUCCAACGUUCUGCACUUUUCGGGCGUCACUUUUUUGACCCUUCGUCUCAUGAAGAUUCUCACUUUUUAAAUGUCGAUUUUGUUUUCUAGUAAUUAAUCGAGAAAUGUACAAUUCCAAUCAAAUUUGCGAAUAUGUCUUUUUGUUUUGUAUAACUGUUCCGAAAAAAACAGUUGUCCAAAUGGAAACGACGAGACUUAUUUGAAUUUGAGACAAACAACAGUAUCGUAUGUCGGAGUUCGAUUAUGCUUGUGUCAUAUUGAUCCUUUUUUCUCGUACGUGCUGUUUUUUCGAGCUACAUAAGCUUUUUCUGGUUGCUCUUUUCCACCGUUAUAAUAUCAGCUAUUUCCAGACGAGAAGGACCGUUUCUCAACAUUUUGACAUUCCCUUAUAAUCGAAAAAAAAAAAAUGGAAAUAAUCGUUCUCGAGAAGAAAUAGUAGCAAACGAAAUUUAAAAAAAUUAUAAAAUUUUUGGAAAUUCUAGUAUACUCUAAAAAACUUUGGGAUGCGCACGCGUGGGGAAAAAGAUUGCUCGAAUUUUUCCGAAGCGCCCCUCCUCUCGCCAGUCGUUCGAUUCUUGCUCCCUUUUACACAGAAUAUCCGACCGGCAAAGAGAUAAAAUCCGAAAGAAUUGAAUGAAUCUUCAGAAACAUUAAGAAAAUUUUACAAUUAUCAUUAACUAAGAAAUUCGAGUAAAUAGAAAGUUGGAGAAAAAAAAUACCGUUUUAUUAAAUCGAAUUUUCGCUUGUACUCGCGAGUGAUGAUUUGAGCGCGAUUGCUAUUUUCCUUGAAACGUGUUUCGGUCAAUCGGAAACACGAAAUCCGUGGAUAUUUUUUUUUCGGGGCUUCUUUUAAACUCUUGGUCUUUUUCACGACGUAGUGUGAGAGGAUGGUGAUGAAGAAAGAAAAACACGAAAGAAUCAAACUGACUGCGUUUAUUUUAGCUCACCUGUAUACUCCGAAAAAGAAAAAAAAUGUUCAAUCGUCAUUGAUUGGCGAAUUUCUCUCUCGACGGCAGCUCGAAUCGUUGUUUCAUCUUCUCUUAUUUCUUCAUCACGAUUCUCAUUUCGUCGCUAAACCCAUAAAUCCAACCGGGGAAAUUAAAUUUCCAAUACUAAGUAUAAUUAUAUAUAAAUUUUGACCUCGUAAGAUAAUAGAUAAUUAUAUAGGUCGUGCAAGAUUUUUCUUUCGUUUUAUUUUUAUUUUUUACUUUUUAUUUUAUUUUAUUUUUUUUUUCAUCAUCGCGAUAAAUAAGAAAGUUAGGAAUUUUGACGAUCGAAUGCGACUAUUAAUCCUAAAAUUAAUUUCCAUAAAUGAGAUCCUUAGACGAGCGUAACUAUGUAAUAAAGUUAAACGACAUACAUUCUGAAAGGUCGAAUUUCAUAUAUAAUUAUCAAGAGUCGCGGCAGCGACUCGUCAUUCAUACGCCAUUUCAUCACAAAACUGACCUCCCCUUUUUUCCUCCUAGAACUAUCCGGCGAUAUUUCUCGUCCGCCCGAAAUAUAUCUCUCAGGUAUUCAGCGUGAAUUGACAGUUCCGUAUUCGCAACGUUUGGUCAUAAUAAAGUGCGAAAAAACACGAGUUUACUCGAUUUGGAUGAGAUUUGUAUCGGUCUUUGAAAGAAAAUUUCUCCAAUGCUGUAUCACUUAUUUAAUGCACAUGGGGUGUAAUUCCAGAUACUGCCAAAACAUGUGAACUCGGAAUGUAAAACAAAAAUGACGAUCGUUCGAAUUUUUCAUGUACUACACGCAUUUCAUCCGAUACGAAUAAAUUCAUUUUUUCUCGCAACUCUUGAAAUGAGAAAGACUAAAAAAGAAAAACAAACAGAAAAAGUGAAGAUUUCGCGAAGUAAAAACUAUCAAAAAUUCAGCUCACCUUCGAAGCGUUGAUGAAUAAUCUCAUGAUAAUAAUUAUAAAAGAGAAGAAAACAAAGCUUACACAAAAAUCUGCGUCUUCGAUUCUCGAAUAGCUAAGAUUGACUAAUCGAGCUAUGCGAUUAAUAACGAAAACAAUGGGCUUGGAGAAAGGAGUGAAAAAAAAGACACAAUCCAAUUUCUAUCCUCGAAAUCUCGACGUUAUACCGUACUAUAAUGAAAUUAAUAGUGGAGUCAUGGAAAUUUUUAUGAGAAUGAUAAUUAUUGUUUAGGUUUAUCAAAAAAGAAAAUGAAAAAAGAAAAAACCAUGAAGUGAAAUAAAAUGUAUAACGGGAAAGCGUCAAAAGGAGAAACGAAAUGAGAAAUAAAAAUACUUAUUAUCGAUUCACCAAGACCACCGAGACUUUGAGGUUAGAAAAUCAGGAAUUAAUUAAUGAGUUUCGAAUAAUUGAAGAGGAAACGUGACAUCUGGUGGCGAUUUUUUUCUCCGUCUUACGAUUUAUUUAAUAUCAUCGUGAUUCGGUCGUGUGUACAUCAAAGGUCAUAUGAUCACCGCGAAGGGGCGCAACUGUUUGAAAUUCAAACGAAAAACGAACCGUUACUAUCGCCAAUCGAGCGUUUUACAGAAAAAGAUAGGCCAAAACAUAAAAAAAAGAAGAAAAUUAUAUGAAAUAAGAUCAUACAAGUUUUGUGUUUCAAUGGGCAAUCGUGAAUAAUCUUUCCCUCUUUCGAACAAUUUAUACAGAUUUUUCUCCGUCGCUCGAAGCGAACGAAAAGUUUUUUUUUCUAAUGCCUCCGUCUGAAAAUGGGAAAACCUAUUAUAUAUAAUAAUUAUUUAUCAAUUAUGUAUAAUAAUUAAUUAUAUAUAAUAACAAGUAUUAUUAUAUUGUAAGACUUAACGAUUAUUCGAAGAUCUUCAUGUUUUGUCCUACCGCUGAAAGGCAGCGUAAACCUUGAGCUCUUGGACGGUUGGACGGAAUUAGUACAAUAUCUCGCCACCAGACUUGCACGGCCAAGCGAUUGUUUACUAACAGUUCUCAGCUCUCGUCGACCCGAUGAAAUUACGAGAAAACCUACAGAGUUACAAUUGACCCUUAUUAUUUUAUAUAGUUGCGCGGUUUCUUUUCUCGUAAGACUUUCACAGAUUUGCGCAAACCCGAGCAACUUCAUUGCAAUUUUUGCUGAUAUUCAACUGUGAUAAAAAAAAACGUAGCUGCCGAAAAUCAGAUGUAAAAAAGAGAAUACCGAGAGCGCGUGAGAAAGAUUUUCUUUUCUUGUAUAUCUCGACACAAAUCUGUGAAGAGAAAUGAAUCGGUUCGUCGAGAGUUUGUUUGAAGUGAGAGCAGAGUUGUACCUACAACGUGGUUUUUUUUUAUCGAAGAAAAAAAAUAUAAACAAAAGUGUAAAAAAACGUUUGGCCUAUAGAAAUCAUGUUUUCGCGUGAUAGAGGGGCUUGGCAGCGACGGUCUCUCCGGUGUUUUAACGAGAUUACGAAGUUUCCAAACUGCCAGAACAUCGUGAUGAUUUUUGUUUUCAUUAUUUAUGAUAAAAAAAAUUUGAAAAAAAAAACGAAAAAAUAAAAAUGAAAAAAAUAUAUAUAUAAAUAUUGAAAAAAGAAACAUAACAAAGUAAAAUUGAAACAACGAUAAUUCGAUAUAGAAUUCUUGAGUUGCCGACGAAGGACCGAUCUUUCCAACAUUUUCGUUGCAGUGACCCGGAACAUUUGUUUGAGGCGAAAAUCGACGAAUAAAUGUAAUGUUCCAGUUUCGGUGACGUGACAACAAACCUACAUAUUAACACUAAAACCCAUGUACUACACGCAUACGCGAAUCCUCGAGGACGGAAGAAAAUAUUGACACAAUGGUCCACGAACUUUUUUUUAGUGCGAAUGUUUUUUGUUGUAUCUCUUUUUAAUUUUUUCCUUUUUUCAAUAUCUGACUGUUGGUAACGAAUAUUACAUGAAGAAGAAAAAAAGUUAAGCUACGAGGGUUUGUAACGAUGAAUAAUAAUAAAAAGAAAUGAACGAGCGAUUGAAAACUAUAAACGCGAGACACAAAUAAUUAUAACGAUUUAUAAAUAGAGAAUGGCGAUAAUUAAGUUGUGAAUUAUUAUUAUCAUUAUUUUUAUUAUUAAUAUUAUUAUUAAUUGUAGAAUACAAUUUUUAUUUCAGGGCCCCGGAAACGCGGGCCCAUUUGUGUGUACAACUCAGUGGACAACGUUACUACGAUAAGAGUGAAGGAAGAGAGAGAGAGAGAGAGAGAGAUAAAAAGAAAAGAAAUAAUGUUAAAAACGAAGUGACAAAGAAAAAACAAACCAACAGACAUCAAAUGUAUUGUACCUUUUUGCAUUUAGUAUAAUAUACCUACCUGACUACCAGAAACGUAGACGAGAAAAAAUUGUAUACCUCUUUUAUUUUUUCGUGGAUUUGGAUGAAAAAAAUGCUUUCUUUCAAUUGA